GCGGGCGGGGCGCGGCGGCCGCGGUCACCGGCCCUCCCCGGGCAGCGCCGACAUGGCCCGGCCGCCGCAGAAGGAGAUCGUCUACAACAAGCUGCUGCCCUAUGGCGAGCGCCUGGAGGCAGAGGCCGCCCGCUUCCUGGAGCACAUCAAGGGCAACCUGGCCCGCGCCGUGCAGCUGCAGGAGCUCUGGCCCGGCGGGCUCUUCUGGACCAGGAAGCUCUCGACAUACAUCCGACUAUAUGGGAGGAAAUUCAGCAGGGAGGAUCACGUGCUGUUUAUCAAACUGUUGUACGAGUUGGUGACAAUUCCAAAGCUGGAGAUCAGCAUGAUGCAAGGAUUUGCACGCCUGUUGAUCAACCUGUUAAAGAAAAAGGAACUGCUUUCCAGGGAUGAUUUAGAGUUACCAUGGCGACCACUCUAUGAAAUGUUGGAAAGGAUAUUGUACUCCAAAACAGAACAUCUGGGAUUAAAUUGGUUUCCCAAUUCUGUGGAAAGUGUUCUGAAAACACUUGUGAAGAGCUGCAGACCGUAUUUCCCAGAAGAUGCCACUGCAGAAAUGCUGGAUGAGUGGAGGCCUUUGAUGUGUCCCUUUGAUGUGACCAUGCAGAAGGCCAUUACCUACUUUGAGCUCUUCCUGCCCACCACCCUGCCCCCUGAACUUCACCACAAGGGUUUCAAGCUUUGGUUUGAUGAAUUUAUAGGCCUUUGGGUGUCGGUUCAAAAUCUUCCCCAGUGGGAAGGACAUCUAGUCAAUCUAUUUGCUCGCUUGGCCACUGACAACAUUGGGUACAUAGACUGGGAUCCAUAUGUACCAAAGAUUUUUACUAGGAUUUUGAGGAGUUUAAAUCUGCCAGUGGGAAGCAACCAAGUUGUUGUUCCAAGAUUCUUAACAAAUGCUUACGAUGUAGGACAUGCAGUCAUGUGGAUCACAGCCAUGAUGGGUGGCCCAAGUAAGCUGGUGCAGAAGCACUUGUCUGGCUUGUUCAAUGGCAUUGCCUCCUUUUACCAUCCCUCAAAUAACGGGCGCUGGCUGAACAAACUGAUGAAGCUGCUCCAGAGGUUGCCCAGUGGUGUGGUGAGGAGGCUGCACCGCGAGCGCUACAAGAAGGCGACCUGGUUAACUCCUGUCCCUGAGAGCCACAAGCUCACGGACCAGGACGUGACAGACUUCGUGCAAUGCAUCAUCCAGCCUGUUCUCCUGGCAAUGUUCAGCAAAACUGGAAGCCUGGAGGCUGCCCAAGCCCUGCAGAACCUUGCACUGAUGCGUCCUGAAUUAGUAAUUCCACCUGUACUUGAGAAAACAUAUCCUGCACUUGAGACCCUGACAGAGCCUCAUCAGCUGACAGCCACCCUGAGCUGUGUCAUUGGGGUGGCUCGGAGCCUGGUGUCCGGGGGAAAGUGGUUUCCUGAGGGUCCCACACACAUGCUACCUCUGCUGAUGAGAGCCUUGCCUGGGGUGGACCCCAAUGACUUCAGCAAGUGUAUGAUUACAUUCCAGUUCAUUGCAACAUUUUCUACUCUGGUGCCUUUAGUAGAUUGUUCAUCUGUAUUGCAAGAAAGAGAUGAUCUUUCAGAGGUGGAGAGAGAAUUGUGCUCUGCAUCUGCUGAAUUUGAGGAUUUUGUGCUGCAGUUUAUGGAUAGAUGUUUUGGACUUAUAGAGAGCAGCACAUUAGAACAAACCAGAGAGGAGACUGAAACAGAGAAAAUGACUCAUUUGGAGAGUCUGGUGGAACUGGGUCUCUCUUCUACUUUCAGUACAAUCCUUACCCAGUGUUCAAAGGAUAUCUUUAAGGUUGCCUUGGAGAAGGUUUUUAACUUUGCUGUUUCAAAUAUAUUUGAGACAAGAGUUGCUGGUCGAAUGGUUGCCGAUAUGUGCCGAGCUGCAGUAAAAUGCCGUCCCGAGGAGUCCUUGAAGCUUUUUGUACCACAUUGCUGCAACGUCAUAACUCACCUCACAGGCAACCGAAGCAGCAGUUGUGUAAUUCCAAAGCCAAAAUCUGUCAGGCUUCAAGACCACAAUUCCUUAAAAAUGUGGCAGUUGGAAAUGUCUCCAGGCAUUCCUCAAUUUCAGGAUGGUACAUUGGCUAAAAGUGACUUCCAGCUGGACACACGAGUGCAGUAUGAUGAUGUAUUACAUGAUGAAGAACUAGAUAAGGAGCUGCUCUGGAAUCUUCAACUUUUAUCAGAGAUCACACGAGUGGAUGGCAAGAAGCUGCUACUGUACAGGGAGCAGUUUGGGAAGAUACUGCAGCGCACCCUACACUUAACCUGUAAGCAGGGUUACAUUCUGUCUUGUAACCUACUGCACCAUCUUCUUCGUUCUGCUACACUUAUCUACCCCACAGAGUACUGCAGUGUGCCAGGUGGCUUUGACAAGCCUCUUUCUGAAUACUUUCCUAUCAAGGACUGGGGUAAACCAGGUGACCUGUGGAACUUGGACAUCCAGUGGCACGUUCCUUCAUCAGAGGAAAUAAACUUUGCUUUUUAUUUGCUGGAUACGUUCCUGCAGCCUGAGCUCACCAGGCUGGAGCUUUAUGCACUUGGAGAGCUGGAAAUGUCCAGAGAUGAUGUGCAGCAGUGUCUUGCCAUCGUGCACAACUGCCUGAUUGGCUCUGGGAACAUUCUGCCUCCUCUCAAAGGGGAAAGGGUGGCUCAUCUGGUCCCAAGUCUGGUGUCUUUGGAAGAGACAAAGCUGUACACUGGUGUUGAUUAUGAUUUAUCCAGGGAGAAUUACAGAGAAACAAUUGCAAGGGUUACAAGAAAAUUGCUGCAUUACAUUCUUGAUAAUUCAGAAGAUGAUACCAAGUCUUUGUUUCUAAUAAUAAAGAUUAUCAGUGAUGUUUUGCAGUUCCAAGGGUCUCACAAGCAUGAGUUUGAUUCACGAUGGAAAAGCUUCAAUCUAGUGAAAAAAUCAAUGGAGAACAGGCUUCAAGGAAAGAAACAACACAUCAGAGCCUUGCUGAUCGAUAGAGUUAUGCUGCAGCAUGAGCUGAGAACUCUGACGAUGGAAGGCUGUGAAUACAAAACUUCCCACCAGGAGAUGAUCAGGGAUCUUCUGUGUUUGUCCACGAGUUCCUAUGGGCAGGUCAGAAGUAAAGCUCAGCAAGCAUUCUUCACAGCUCUGGGAACCUACAAUUUCUGUUGCAGAGAUAUCAUUCCCUUAGUUCUGGAAUUCCUGCGUCCUGACCGGCAAGAUGUCACUCAGAAGCAAUUUAAAGGUGCCUUAUAUUGUCUCCUUGGGAAUCACAGCGGGGUGUGCUUGGCCAAUCUGCACGACUGGGAUUGUAUAGCACAGACGUGGCCAGCAAUUGUCUCUUCUGGGCUUAGCAAAGCCAUGUCCUUGGAAAAACCAUCCAUAGUCAGACUCUUUGAUGACCUAGCAGAGAAAAUCCAUCGGCAGUAUGAGACCAUUGGGCUGGAUUUUGCAGUUCCAGAGAAAUGCAUGGAGGUGGCUGUUCUGCUGCAGAAGUCAGGACAGGAAAGUUCAGAGUUCCCAGCUCUGGGAUCAGAGGAAAUUCAGUUGGGAAUUCAGCGACAGAAGGAGAAGAACGCUGAGGCUGUGAGGAACUAUGAAAAUUUGGUCAACAUGCUGCUGGACUGUGUGGAACAGAGAAAUCUGCCCUGGAAGUUUGAACACAUAAGCAUUGGCUUCCUGUCGCUGCUCCUGAGGGAUGACAGGAUCCUGCCCGCCCGUGCCAUAAAAUUCUUUGUGCAGUGUCUCAACCACGAUGCCAUUGUGGUUCGGAAGGUGGCCAUCUCAGCUGUGGCUGGGAUUCUUAAACAGCUUAAGAGAACACACAAGAAAGUGCCCAUCUGCCCUUACGAAAUAAGUGGGAGCCUGAAGCCUUCCAGCAUCCAGGCUGGUGACAGAGCAGACAACCAGUGGCUGCACUACAACAGCCAGAGCCUACCAAAGACCAAGGAAGCCUGGGAAUCCUGCUGUUUCGUGGAGAAAACACACUGGGGAUAUUACACCUGGCCCCAGACUAUGACAGUUUAUGCUCCAGUUGAGCAGCAACCAAAGCUUGGGCGAAGGAGAGAUGAGCUGACAGAGGCAGAACAAAUUAUAUAUGAUCACUUUUCUGAUCCCAAGUUUGUUGAGCAGUUAAUAAAAUUUUUGUCUUUAGAAGACAGAAAGGGAAAGGACAAAUUUAAUCCUCGCAGAUUUUGCCUCUUCAAGGGCCUUUUCAGAAACUUUGAUGAUGCCUUUUUGCCAGUUCUUCAGCCCCACUUGGAGCAACUGGUCGCAGACUCUCACGAGAGCACCCAGAGGUGUUUAGCUGAAAUCAUUGCUGGCCUCAUAAGAGGUUCUAAACACUGGACCUUUGAGAAGGUGGAAAAACUUUGGAAGCUUCUGUGUCCAUUGCUUCGAACAGCUUUGUCCAACAUCACAGUGGAAACAUACAAUGACUGGGGCACCUGCAUUGCCACCUCCUGUGAGAGCAGAGAUCCUAGGAAACUGCACUGGUUGUUUGAAUUGCUGUUGGAAUCUCCACUGAGUGGUGAAGGAGGAUCAUUUGUAGAUGCCUGCCGGCUUUAUGUGCUGCAAGGGGGCCUUGCCCAGCAGGAGUGGAGAGUGCCAGAGCUGCUGCACAGGCUGCUCAAGUACCUGGAGCCCAAACUCACCCAGGUCUACAAGAACGUCCGAGAGAGAAUAGGAAGUGUGUUGACCUACAUCUUCAUGAUAGAUGUUUCCUUGCCAAACACUGCUGCAACUAAAUCUCCUCGUGUCCAUGAAUUUACUACCCGGAUACUUGAAAACCUCAAGCCGCUCAUGGAAGCAGAUGAAGAAAUCCAGAAUCAUGUUAUGGAAGAGAACGGAGUCGGCGAGCAAGACGAGCGAACUCAGGGCAUUAAACUCUUGAAAACAAUUUUGAAGUGGUUGAUGGCGAGUGCAGGGCGAUCUUUCUCUACAGCUGUCACAGAGCAACUCCAGCUGUUACCUUUGUUUUUCAAGAUUGCACCCGUGGAGAAUGACAACAGCUAUGAUGAGCUCAAAAGAGAUGCUAAGAUGUGUUUGUCCUUGAUGUCUCAGGGUUUGCUCUAUCCUCAGCAAGUGCCUUUGGUACUUCAGGUGCUAAAACAAACAGCAAGAAGCAAUUCUUGGCAUGCCCGAUACACCAUCUUAACCUACCUCCAAACCAUGGUGUUCUACAAUCUCUUCAUCUUCCUCAACAACAGUGAGGCAGUCAAUGACAUCAGGUGGCUGGUGAUAAAACUCCUGGAAGAUGAACAGCUCGAGGUGAGGGAGAUGGCUGCCACCACGCUCAGCGGGCUCCUGCAGUGCAACUUCCUCACCAUGGACGGGCCCAUGCAGACCCACUUCGAGCAGCUCUGCAAAAUGAGGCUCCCCAAGAAAAGGAAGAGGGACCUGGCCUCAGUGGGGGACACAAUUCCUUCAGGGGACCUGGUGAAGCGCCACGCCGGCGUGCUGGGGCUCAGCGCCUGCAUCCUGUCCAGUCCCUACGAUGUGCCCACCUGGAUGCCACAGCUCCUCAUGGAUCUCAGUGCCCACCUCAAUGAUCCCCAGCCUAUUGAGAUGACUGUGAAGAAAACGCUGUCCAAUUUCCGGAGGACCCACCACGACAACUGGCAGGAGCACAAGCAGCAGUUCACAGAUGACCAGCUCCUGGUGCUCACUGACCUCCUGGUUUCACCCUGUUAUUAUGCAUAGGUUUCUCCCGGGGAAAAUGAGGAUGUAGGAAUUUUUCUGCGAAAUAAAGGAAACUCGAAAGAAAUUGAUCAUGUAGAGAACUUUGUGCUGGAAAUCCUGAUGCCUAAUCAAAACCACUUUUAAAUGCAAACCUAGAGACCUGGUUCUAUUCAAAAGAAUGUCACCUCCCCAGGGAGCAGCUGGGGGAGUCCCGAGGCUGCACCUGCAGGGCCUGAUUGUGAGUCCAUGGCAAGACCCAUCUCCUUGGCCUGCAUCACACAUCAGUCUUGUUUCUGCUUCCUUGCACACAGUGACCUACACUGCACAUCCCUCACCCCCUUCUUCUGCCCCCUGUUCCCACCAUUAAGGAUAUGCAGAACCAGAGAGUGCCGCAAACCGGAAUUUUCUCAGUGGGGCUCUCCAAUUCUGCCGAUGCAGCUCCUCCCCCAGUCCCUGCACCACAACCCUGGGAGCCUUCCUUCCUCAGAGUUUUAUUUUUCACUACUGGGAUUUGAGUACCAUCCAGUCCACCUCAGGGCAGCAUUGCCUUUUUGUAUUCUCUCCCUUGUGCAAAUGUAAAUAGCUGAGCUCUGUGCAGUGCAGGGGUGGCAGCAUGGGCAGCUCCUGCUGCCUGGCCAGGGCUUUGGGGUGUCUUGACCACAUGUGGAAUAAAAAAAUAAAUCGAUGAUUCUCUGCAUAUUUUUAAGGAGGAAAUGGGUGUUUCCAUGUAAUUAGAAUGCACAGAUAGGAAAUGAUGGACUAUUAGUGGUGGUUGAAUUCACGGAAUGAAAUGUAUGCACAGUGUGGAAAGGCAGUUUGUAACAGUGUAUUCUCCUAAAGAUUGAGCAAGCAUAUCUCGUUUGAAGAUUGUGGAAGCUCUGUGUUUUUUUUGCCUGCAGCUUUGUUAAGAGACUGGUAUCAAUUGGCUGUUUAACAAGCUGUUUAAUAUGUGUUACAUAGUUGUAAAAGACUGUAUAAAUUGUAGAGGCAUUGCAUUGACAAAACAUUGUACAGUUUGCAACCUUUUACAUAACACCAUUGUGAGAUUAAUUUGUAAAGAUUCAUACUUAGAUGUUAAUACAGUAGUGGUUCUGGCUUUUGUAUCAAAACAAAUGCCAUUCUUAGUUUUUUAAAUUAUUUUCUUUAACAGAAUAUCUCUUUUGUGUCUGAGAGGGUUUGUUUUGCUUUUCCUGUAUCUCAUGACUGUGUCUCAUUCAGAUUUUACUGCAACACGUGUGGCCAUUUCUCCAUGCUGACAUCACAUAUUCUGGUGUGAUCCAUUCAGAGAACGUGAGGUACAUGGAAAUAACUCAUAAACUGCUGUGUGUUUCAUCUUUCAUGCAAAACCCCCCAGGAGCACUGAGACCUUUGUGUGGCUCAUCCCAAACUUCCAAGCACAGCAGUGCUCCUGGGGCAGUAUUUAAGGCGUGUCAGCACACGGAUGUAACCACUGUAUAGCGUAGUGCCAAAAUUAUGAUUUCAGUUGUGUACGUAGUUUGAGACCCAAUAAAUGGACUGUUUGUAA